AUGCAAAUAAUAUUAAAUAUAACUGAAAAAAUAUUGCAUAAAGAGAUUUGUAGAACUUUCAAUCAUGAAACGUCAAAAUGUUUAUGGAGUGGCUUACUUGUACUUUUAAUACAACCUUUAUUAUGUAUAAUUGGUAUACUAUUGAAUCUUAUUUGUAUGAUAGUAUUUUUUUCAAUGAAAACAGAUGGUUAUUAUAGAAAAACAUCUUAUUUGAUAAUGAUAGCAUCACUAAGUUUUUUUAACUGUAUUCAAUUGUUUUUAUCAAUUUUUGUAAUAAUUUUACCAGCAGGAGAAACGUAUAUUGUAAAAAAAGAACAUAUGAAAACAUUAGAAAAAUUAAGAAUAUUUAAUUCAUAUACUCUUCCAUUAGGAUAUCCAUUUGUUAUGAUGGCUAAUUAUUGUUCUGUAUGGAUAAUGACAUUAAUGUGUGCUCAAAGAUAUCAAAAUCUUCUACCUGCUGGUCAUGUAUUAAAAUCAAAAUUAAUUUUUUUAAAAAAUAGUAAAAAAGUUAUUAUUAUAGCUUGUCUAUUUGCAUUUGUCUUAAAUAUUGUAAGAUUCUUUGAAUUUACAUGGGAUGGUAACAAUUUAAUUAAAAGUAAAGUAUAUGGUUUUUGGUAUAUACUAAUUAUGGAAGUAAUAAUUUAUGGAAUAUUUGUUUAUAUAAUUCCUCUUCUUUUUUUAUUAUGGUUUAAUUUUAACAAUUUAAGAUUAGUUGCAUUUAAAAAUUGUCCUCAAAAAAAUACUUCUGUAGAGUAUAGAACUAUUAUGAUGACAUUUGUUAUUUUUGUUUUUUUUAUCCUUCUAACAACAAUGUCUGUAACACUUCGUUUAACAAUGAUAUUAUUUGGUUCAUGGUUAGGUAGUCAGGCAUUUGAAACCUUAAUGGAUAUUAAUAAUCUUUUAAUAAAUGGAAAUGCUUUUGUAAUUCCAAUUGUUGUUAUAAUAUUUACCAGAGGUUUCAGAGAUCUAUUUUUUAUGAUAAAACGAGCACCAUCUCCAGACGAUCCAUAUAUACCAAUUACAAUGAAAUUAAAUAAAAGAAAAGAUAAUACUGAGGAAAAAAAGCAAUUUUGUUAUUAUUUAAGUGAUUGGUUAUAUAAAAGACAAAUUUUACAUACGGAACCUGAUUAUUUUGACGAUGGAAGGAAAAAAGAUAUUUGUGAAAAUUUUCAAGUAUCCAAAAAUCAAAUACAAUGUUUAUUAAGUGAAAAUACAUCUUUGAUUCGAGAUGCUAAUUCAAAUGUUAAUUAA